CCUCAAGCCUUGGCACAUAUAAUAACAUAGCCAGGUUCUAUUUAAACACCCUUCCACGGGCAUUGAAGGACAUCACUCAAUCUACAAGCUUCUUCUUGAUUAUUUGUGACAAUUAUUUGUGACAGUUUAUCUCUCUCGAUACGUUCGUCAAUUUGGGAUGGGAAAAAUGCAAACUCUCCUUCAGUUGAGCCUAUUGUUGGCUCUCACUUUCUGCCAGCUCACAAUUGCCUCUGACCCUGCAUCUCUUCAGGAUUUCUGUGUCGCAGAUAGAAACAAUCAAGUGAAAAUGAACGGAUUUGCUUGCAAGAAUCCUGCGAUGGUCCAAGCCAACGAUUUCUCUUUCACCGGGUUGCAUAUUCCCGGAAAUACCCGUAAUGCUAUUGGUUCUGCAGUCACAGCUGCCACCGUGACUCAGAUUCCUGGUCUCAAUACCUUAGGCAUCUCAAUGGCGCGUAUUGACUUAGUGCCAUGGGGUAUCAAUCCUCCUCACACUCAUCCAAGAGCUACCGAGAUUCUCACCGUCAUUGAAGGCUCUCUGGAAGUAGGAUUCGUCACAUCAAACCCUGAUAAUCGUCUUAUCUCAAAGAUUCUCCAAAAGGGUGAUGUAUUUGUCUUCCCAAUCGGGUUGAUUCACUUCCAACGCAACGUUGGACAUGGUAAUGUUGUGGCCAUUGCUACACUAAGCAGCCAAAACCCAGGAGUUAUCACUAUAGCUAACUCCAUCUUUGGGUCAAAGCCAGACAUUUCUACUGACAUUCUUGCAAAGGCAUUCCAAGUGGACAAGAGCAUUGUGCAGAAGAUCCAAUGGAGGUUCUAGGAAGUAUGUGGGAUGUUUCAUAAAAUUAUGGUUAUUUG